AUGUCUCGAAUUUUGAUAAACCUAUCGAUCAGUCUUAUUAUCUUAUUGGUAUCUCUAGCUACGGUCAGUUUGGCUGACACCUGCACAGUUUGCAAGUAUGAUGGCACAGCUUACCACACCAACAGUGUUUCGGAAUACGCCAGCGACCUGUGCUUGGUUGUCAAGAAUGAUAUGGGUGCUGAUUGCGUCAACAAGGCUUGGUACACACACUUUAAGGACACAAAAUAUAAUGGUCAAAAGACAUAUUGCCGAAUUAAAUGUAAAGAUCAAAAAACUCUUUGUGCGAGCCACUGGACUGACCAGCCCAACGUUGGACCGAAAAAUGGACCACAUGAUUCGCUCAUCGGGGGUGUCCACAUGCCAUGUGAUCAAUGGCCCACAUCAUAG